GGGUUUAUUAAUGCUGCUGUAGUUUGUACAGCUCGUGUAGGUCGGCUCUGUGUCAGAAUGCGUUGAGCUUUAAAAUAAACAACAGUAAUAGUAACUAAUAUCCUCAAGGACAGUUUAUAAACAUUCUCACAUAACCGCUAUAAAACAGCUAGAUUAAUCUAAAUCUAAACUCUCUAACUACUGCUAGUAACGAGACGCAGCUACGUGUCGAAAUGCACGCAGGUUAAUGACCCCAGCUCAGUCCAAACUUCAGCAAUAAAGUGAACUUCGCCUUGUGGAAGAGCUGGAGAAGGGAAAAUGACUCUCACUGGAAUCUCAGAGGCCAAAUAUGGCCUGGAUGAGAAAAAGGAUGAAGACAUCCCAAACCUUCCCACUGGUCCUUUAGAUGUGUACAGAAAAGCAGCUUCCUUUGACUGGAAGGAAAUGUUGAGGUUCAUGGAGGGUGAGGAAAUACUUGCUUUUAAGCAGUAUGUUUUUCGGACGCUCGAGAACGACCCGCUUUUUGCAAGGCAGGCGGGUGAAGAUGUUCCUGUGGAGCAGAAGAGGGAACUCACUUUCCGCCGCUGCAAGCAGCUGUUUAGGUACAACUUCCUGUCGCAGGAUGAAAUGAUGCAGAGUCCCUGGAAGGUGACCGUCCUCAACGACUGUCUGGGGAUGUACGACUGGUCUUUGGGUGCCAAAUUUUUCCUCAACAAAGGGAUGUUUGGAGGGACAGUGGCUAAUUCUGGAUCUCAGAGGCACCAUAGAUUUGUGCAGGACAUUGAACACAUGAAGACUUUUGGCUGCUUUUCACUGACUGAACUAAGCCAUGGUAGCAACACGAGAGCCAUGAGGACAACAGCCAAUUAUGACCCCAGCACCCAGGAGUUUGUAAUAAACACUCCUGAUUUUGAAGCAGCAAAAUUCUGGGUGGGGAACCUGGGAAAAACUGCAACACAUUCUGUAGUGUUUGCUCAACUUUACACACCUGAUGGAGUCUGCCAUGGGCUGCACUCUUUUGUUGUUCAGGUCAGGGAUCCCAAGACAUUGCUGGCAAUGCCAGGAGUGAUGGUUGGAGACAUGGGAAAGAAACUGGGACAAAAUGGACUGGACAAUGGUUUUGCAAUUUUUCACAAUGUCAGAAUCCCCCGGGAAAAUCUACUCAAUAGAACUGGAGAUGUGACGCCUGAUGGACGUUAUGUGACUCCUUUUAAGGACCCUAAUAAGCGUUUUGGGGCUUCUCUGGGAGCAUUGUCUGGAGGCAGAGUGUCCAUUACAAGAAUGGCUGUGGUGAAUCUGAAGUUGGCCAUGACUGUUGCUGUGCGUUUCUCAGCCACUCGGCGUCAGUUUGGGCCUAGAGAGGAUGAGGAGAUCCCAGUACUGGAGUAUCAGCUUCAGCAAUGGCGUCUCAUUCCAUAUUUAGCAGCUGUCUAUGCACUAGAUUUCUUCUCCAAAUCCUUCUUCAGCAAUUUUGUGGAGUUCCAAAUUGGCCUCUUCAUGAAGGACAGCAGUGACAGACAGGCUGAGCUAGGUAGAGAGAUCCAUGCUAUGUCUUGCUCCAGUAAACCUCUGGGAUCGUGGACUGCCCAGCGAGGAAUUCAGGAGUGCCGUGAGGCCUGUGGAGGACAUGGAUACUUGGCGAUGAACCGUCUUGGAGACUUCCGCGAUGACAACGACCCAAACUGCACCUACGAGGGGGAUAACAAUGUCCUACUGCAACAGACCAGCAACUAUCUACUUAGCUUGCUGCAACACAAACAGCAGGGUAAAGGGAGGAUACAGUCUCCUCUGGAAACAGUGAACUUCUUGGAUGACUGGAACAGGAUUCUGGAGAGCAGGUUCAGAGCUGCUUCUGUGGAUGACUGCAUGAACUCAGCAGUGCCUCUGGCAGCGUAUAAGUGGCUGGUGUGUUUCCUGCUUGGGGAGAGUCAGAGGAAGCUGACCCAACAAAAGGCUCUGGGGCUGGGAGACUUUGAGGCUCGCAAUAACAGCCAGGUAUAUUACUGUCGUUCACUGGCGAUCGCCUACAUUGAGCACACAGUCCUGCAGCGGUUCCAUGACCUGACAGAGGAUGCGGAAACUCCGGCAGGUGUCCGACCAGUUUUAAAGAGGCUCUGUGCUCUUUAUGGCCUCUGGACCCUCACCAAUCACAUGGCAGUCCUUUACCAGGGAGGGUAUUUCUCUGGUAAGGAGCCUGCAGACUUCAUCCAGAAUGCUAUUCUCACUCUGUGUGGCCAGCUGAAAGACGAUGCAGUGGCUUUGGUUGACGUGAUUGCACCUCCUGACUUUAUUGUGAACUCACCAAUUGGCAAGGCCGACGGUGAGCUCUAUAAGAACUUGUGGGCCACGGUCAUGCAGGGCAAGAAUGUUCUGGAACGUCCGUCCUGGUGGGCUGAGUUUUGUUCCGACAAGCCUAAAGUGGGAUCACUCCGAGCAAAGCUGUAAUGUAAAGCAGUUUUUACAAGACAUUUCUUCCUGAAAGAUGUGCCUUGAUAAAAUAUAUAAUAUGGUAAACACAGACCAUUAAGAGGGGGAACAUCUCUUUAAUCAAGCUUAAUGUUGUUGAAUUUAUUGGUGUAGGUCAGAAUUAACAGAGCAUCAAAUGCAAAUAAUGAUAUUAAUUAUAAGCUAAGAGGGAAGUGUUGAUAUUAAAUGUCAUAGAAAAUUCUUACCAAGCUUGCUAAUAGCAUUACAUAAGCGAAUGACUGAAGUUUUAUAGAGCUCUUUUAAAUUCUUGCAUAGUAGCGUUAACUAGGUGAAGCUGUUUUUAAUGGCUGGAGUCUAUUAGAAUAUUUGGAGAUCAUUAAAUAAAGAUAAGGGACAAGAUCAUGGAUUUAUUAUUAUUAUUAUUAUUAACUCCAAAGAGCAUUACAUUACCAGUUUUUCAUUUUUAAAUAAGCACUUCUUCUUGCCAAGUUGAAUUUUGCCUUAUUAUGAAAUGCACUGCAGGUAUCCUGUUCAUGUAUUCUCAUCAUGUUGGUAAUUAUAUUAAUUUAAAAGUGUGGUAAGAUCUAUUAAGGUCCAAUAUAAUUGUAAUGUUCUGUGCAGUUGGUGAAAACUGUUUGAUACCACUAUAACAUUGUGAUAAACCACACACAAUGUAUGUACUCAAAUAAUUAAAAUAAAAAAAGUUAACUAUGAAUAAGCCUGA